CGAGGCCAAGGGUGGAGGCCGAGCCCAGAAGGGGGCGGGAGGCCUGAGGAUAGGAAAGUGGCCCCGUCCCUUCCCGGCAGGAACCCCAGGCUCCUCCUUCUCCUGCUAUGCAGCCAUCAGUCCCCCAGACAGCCCAGCGCUCCGAGGUCGGACACACACACCCUCCUGCGGGAUCUUGUGGCAGGGGAAGAAGAAGCCUCGGACCCCGGCGUCUGCCCAGUGCACCGACUGCUUGCACGCAUCGCGGCGGAGCUGGGCAUCCGGGCGGUGCGACCCUGAGUCGGGCCCGCGUUCCCAGGCACGAGGCGCACUUGACACCCCACGGGCGGCCCCCGCAGGUCCCUUCCGAAGGGGAAGACGGUGCAAGCAGCAGCACCCGGCGCCUCGGGCCCCGUUCAGCCCCCGCCCGUGCCCCGGAGCCUCCCCGGGUGCUGGGUGCCGGCACCGGGGGUGGGGUCUCCGCCGCCGCCGCCCCUUACCUCGCGCAGGCCCUCCCCGCAGGUCUCGGAGGCGGGGGCGAGCGGUAGCCCCGCUGACUCGCGCGGGGCUGGGUUUCCCCGCCGGGGCGGAGCGGGGGAGGAGGAAGAGGAGCCGGGGAGG